AUGACGUCGCCAUAUUAUUCAAUCGACCCUGGGUUAAUUAGUCGGAAUUAUGAAACGUCAUGUAGUCCCGACGUUCAGCAACUUAUUUUUAAAGCACUUAACUCAUGCAAUUCUCAAGGAACAGAUGUUGCAUAUAAAUAUUCGUUCUUUCAUCUUAUAUUAGUAAAUCUUUUCAAAAUCACUUGUGAAGAAAUAUUAGAUAAUUUUGAACCGAUGACAAGCAAUACUGUUACCGACAAAGUUUUUUUAUUUACAUAUAAUCAGAAAAAUUACAAAAUAACCUGCGAAUAUAUUCCAUCCCCAAUGGUUGUUGAUAUAUUGAAUAAAAAAGUAUAUGAUGUUGAUACAAACUUGAAUGAGCAGCAGCAACGACCAUUUGUGGAUUUUCCUAAAGGAUAUAAAGUCGACUUUGAGUCUUCCUUGAAACCAUAUUUAGAUAUGUAUCUGGCACAGGUUCACAUUCAAAAUGAUCAAAGUGGUAAUGAAAAUGGUAGAUAUGUUUUUAAAUUGUUUCGUUCAGGAAUUUGGACGAAUACUUCAUUGAAGCCAAAGAAGAUGAAACAUAUCCGUGUAAAAAAUGGACAAAAGAAAUUACUGAAGAAUUCAUUCGUAUUUUGA